AUGCCAACAUUAACAAAAUUACCAUCUGUUGAAAUACAAACUGCUCAAAGGUUACCAAACAAUACCUUUCAACAACCUAUUGCACCCUUAUCAGAAAAUAAUUUAAAUAAUCUUGCAAAACAAUUAAAAACUAAAGACAAAAAUAGACAACACCUAUUAGUACAAAGUAUAGGAUUAAACGGAUCAAACUCUCAUAAAAAAUAUCGUAUGCAAACAGCCACAGAAGACAAUUACAAUUCAGACUCAUCAACU